GCCACUGAAAUAUUUUGAGAGAUCAUUAAGAUUCAAAAAGCUCUCUGGUCGCGUGUCCCUGAGGGAUGAGCUCGUCUUUGAGUUCGGCAUGCAUGAAUGAAUCCAAAGGGCAAAAAUUUGCACAUUGCCAGUAGCAGUCAGUAUUCACUUCACGUAUCGCUUGACUGACGACAGAGUUGAGAUGUGAAAGCGGCUUCGAACUGUUCUCGAGAAAGAUGUGUCUAUGUCCGGAGGAAUUCUCAUUCAGACGUUUAAAACUCUCACAUCCGUAUGCUAGCGCCUUCGCAACAUCGCCGUGGGUGCCACUUCCCCUGUUUCUCAUUUACCGCCUGGUUGCUGCUUUUUACUUCUUAUCCUGGCUGAUCUUCAGCGGCUUUUUUGAUGGUGGCUACUGGUUCAUUUACCUCAGCAACUGGGUCUUCACCCUUGUAACCGCGCACUUCAUGCUGGCUAUGUUCAUCACCACCCAUUACUGCUGCGGUGCCGGGAUCGAAGACGAUCCGGCAGGGUACGGGCCGCGUCGUUUCAAGUCGGAAACCUACAUCGUGGGACUGUCGCAGGAGGACGACGAAGACGAAGGCACGUCCUACGCCAGAGUAGAAGAAGAUGACAACGCUUUGAGUUGGCCAGAAAAGGUGUUAUGGUUGUUCUUCAACAUUGCAAGCGUCACUUCAGUGGUGGUCACCAUUACUUACUGGUCAGCAGUGUACUCAGGCGUGGAAAUCAAUGGUUUGAUGGUGAACCAGCACAUCUUGGGCCCGGUGUUUAUGCUGAUGGAAGUGAUAAUGAGUAAUAUUCCCAUACGUCUCUUGCAUUUCAUUUAUUCUCAUAUUUUCUCGUCAGUUUACGUGCUUUUCACUGUUAUUUACUGGGGCGCGGGAGGCGAAAACAAAGAUGGGAAGCAUUAUAUUUACAGAGUCCUUAAUUAUGAGGACCGUGCAGGCGAGGCAAUAUUCACCGUUUUCUUUUUGCUAAUCAUCCUGCAGUUUUUGGCGCAUAUGUUUCUUUAUAUCUUGUUCAGAUUUAGAGCAUGGAUUGUUUCCAAAUGUCAGUGAGAAAGAAACAAACUUUACUUUGUACCAUUUACGAAGUUGAUACUUGUACGCGGUGUAACUGUUCAUAAUACGUUAAGACAGACACUUAUUAUGUAAAGUUUUCACGUCACGUCAGUUUAGACAUACAUGCUCUCACUAAAAUCAUAAACUAUGGAAUCGUAUUCACAAGGGUCACAAUGUUGAUAAUCGGAGUUGGCUCUACAAGUAUAACCAAUGGCAUUGUUUUAACCCAAACUCGAAUUUUUAUCAGCUGGCGAUUAGAAGCGCGGUGUUUAGCGAUAUUGCAUCCACCUUUUCUUAUUUAAUCAAGACUGUAACAAGCUGAAGGUCAAAAUUACAUGUAGUCAUUGUAGUGGAGACAAAAGUUGGAAAGAAUUUUGUCGCUUCCGACUCUGUUGUCUUCAAAAGUAACAUUUUUCCAUACGAAGUUAAGCAAAUUCAAAUAAGACAAGAAAGGGGACAAUUAGGAAGAAUUCAUUGGCAAGCACUAAUUUAUUGGCAUACGUUAACAGUUGUUAUAAUAUAGGGUUGGCAUUAAAACUUUUAGUUUAAAUUGCAAGUUUUCCCUGACAUGUUCAGGUCCUUGAUUGUUAUGACCUUCCCCCUUGGAAUUGGCUGUGAAAAGGUAAUGAAGAAGUUAGAAACUAAUCAGUGUUCGAAAUGGAAGAACGACGCAUAAUUAGCAGAAUUAAGACCUCAUUGAAAGCACAAUAAAGCGUGUAGCCAUCAUGAGGUGGUUUAAAAUUUUCCAACUUAAGGUUACUUUGCAAAAUUGAUUAGAUUUUGGACGUUAUUUGAGUUCAAAAAAUCGAAGUAUAAAGCAUCAAGAAACGAGAAAUUCAAUUCAUUAAAUCUUCCAUUCUGUUGGUUAAGUUUCAGAAAGAUUUCAUGUAGUAAAAAAUAAAAGAACCCGGAAGUUAAUUUCCAUCACUUUUUUUUAAUGAAGGGGAUUCCCUAUCUAUCAUUAACAUGACUUCGAGAAAAUGCAUUAGAACUGCAAGAUCAUAGAAUCCAAAGUAAGGGCGUAAGUCUAUACAACACUACUCUGCAAGUAACAGGAACGUAACACAUUAGGAGGUGAGAGUAUGACAAACAUUUACGUAGAUAGAAUUUAUAUUUCCAUAUCAACAAAAAUGAAAACACCAGGUUUCGCUCACAUUCCUGUCGAACUUGUGACAAUGUCUUUGGUUAGGAACAUAAAACAUUGUUUAUGUCCUUUCCUUCACUAAAGGAACGUUAUAAAUGUGUUUCUAUUGGUCUAUAGCAACGUUUUUAAUCCAAGGGUGCCAUGUAAUGUCUAUUGGCAAACCAUAACUUAGUUUAUUUUUAUAGAAAACGUUUGCAAAGUGGUACGUCUAUCACAUAUUUUUACUGUUAGACGCAGAUUGGAAAUAAAAGGGUUCAUAGUUGAA